UACGAUCACUGAUGCAUUUAAAGGGGGACAUAUAAUUGGACCCCCCUUUUUAUCCUGGAUUAGAAACUCCCUUUUAAAAAUGGCUGGAUCCGCCCCUGUUGGUAAUUUCUGUAUCAUUUGGUGUCUUAUGGAGAGUUCUCUAAUUGGCAAUUAUACCACAUAUUUUUAUUUUUAUAGGACUAAUCCGACUUAGUUUUCAAUAUGCCCGGUUCGAAUUACCUAAACUUUUAAUAUGAAAUAGAACGGCCUUGCACUGUUACAGGAAGGCGGCUGGAAAAUUUUUGAUUACUAUAGUACGUAAGGAUAAUCUCCAUGAGGUGUCAACCUUAAAGUAUUAUAACCAAAUAUAUGAUUAUCUUUAAACUAUAAGAAUAGAAAAAUUAGUUAACAUUGCUGUUCUUGUGUCCUUGUCGGUGCUGUUGCAAUACAAAGAGUUUAAACCACAGCGAAAAUCUCAGAUACAUUUGUAAUCAACAUAAUUUUUUUUUCUUUUUUAGAUUUAAGAUACGUUGCUGUACAUCACAGCAAUCCCCAUGCCCAGGGCCAUGGCUUGGUUUCUUCAUGCAUGGAUUGUCCUUAAUAUUAAAAGAAGGAGAUGGUAGAGAAUAUAUGUAUUAAACUUAAAUGUGACUGAUGGCUAAAGACUACAAGUGUGUUGUUUGUGGGAGAUGUCAUCUAAAAUCCAGGCGUAAAAUCACCACUAAAGCACUGAAACAGUUUGUAAAGAAAAGAAUUGAGCGAAACAUUCAAGAAAAUGAUGUGAUACAUGUAUGUGAGAAGUGUAGAGCAAUAUACAGGAAAACACUAAAAAGUGUAAACAAUGAACAGAAAGUUUCAAACUGUCUUUUCGAGUGUAUUUCAGAUGACAGUGACUCUGAGUUUGUUAUAAAUAUAGAAGAAGCCGUAUCUACGAAAAUAUUAAGUCCGAAACAAAUUGAAUUGAACAUUUCUUCCACUCACACAUCACAUAGAUUCUGCAUUGUAUGCAAGAAGGAAGGUAGCAGUAGAAACAAGUUAUGCAAAGUUCCUUUACAGGCAAGAACCCAAGCCUUUAUAAAAAAUGCCGUUUUUAUAGAUGGGAAUACACGCUGUUGCAAACACCAUUUAUCUGAACAACUUUUCGACAACACGUCACUUCAAGCAUUAACUGCAAAAUACACUACAACAUAUAUGAAUCGUUCUGAUAUAACUUCAUUAUUAGAAAAUGUAAGACAAACUUUGGCAAACUCUCAUAUCCUGAAUUUUGACAACCCAUUAUCAUUAUCUGAUGGUGACUAUUACAAUCUAACUGGAUUAUCAAAGCAGCAAUUCAAUGAACUCUCCUCAUAUAUUGUUUCAGCACGUCAAACCAAUGUUAGGUCUGUACGCACAUGUAUAGCUGUCUUGUUAACAAAACUAAGGACAGGACUUCCAAACCAUAUACUUGGAACAAUAUUUUCGUUAACCAAAAGCCAGGUGCAAAGAUGCAUUCAUAGUGCCAGAGUUUCUCUUAUGCAGGAUUUUGUACCACAUUUUAUUGGGUUUCAACAUAUAAGCCACGAAGAUUUUGUUCGGAAUCACACCACUCCAAUAGCUAAAACUCUGUUUGCCAAUGAUUCCGAAGAUGCUGCAAUUAUUGUCAUGGACGGUACUUAUAUCUACCUUCAAAAAAGCUCUGAUUAUGAAUUCCAGAGGUUGUCAUACAGCCUUCAUAAAAACAGACCUCUAGUCAAACCAAUGGUUGUUGUUGGAACUGAUGGAUAUAUCCUGUCAGUUCUGGGUCCAUAUUUUGCAAACGGAAAAAAUAAUGAUGCAGCAAUCACGAAGCAUAUGAUUUCUGUCAAUGCAGAAGGAAUGAAUGAAUGGCUACAGACUAGUGAUGUUUGUGUUGUAGACCGGGGAUUCCGAGACGUGGUAGACUUUUUUAAGGGAGCAAGGCUAGAAUUUAGAAAUGCCCGUUUACCUUAAAAAAGGGUCCAAACAGCACCCGGUAGAAGAAGCUAACGCUAGUAGACUAGUCACCAAAGUUAGAUGGGUGGUUGAAAGUGUAAAUGCUCGUGUCAAGCAAUGGAGAUUUUUUGACAAAGUAGUAUCAAACCAUUUUAUUCCAAUCAUUGGUGAUCUAUUACGCAUUGUAUGUGCUGUUUGUAAUAAGUUUCGCCCACCACUUGCUACUACACACCCUGAUGAUAAAAGUAUUGCUGAAGCCAUGCUUGAAAAAUGUAAAAGUGGAAAUGAAAUCCAAAAGAUGGUGACGGAAGAAGGUUUAUUAACAAAACGUACCAUUUACAAAUUAGUUGAUGCAUCAAAUGUUCUAGAUGAAAUAACUGAUUUUCCCGUUCUCAGUAUGGAGAAAUUACGAGAAAUAACCAUGGGGGUAUAUCAGCUUAAACAGGCCCCUAAUUAUGUCAGAGAACAUGAGGGUGAAGAUGGAAAAUUUGAAAUGUAUGUGUGCAAAAUUAAAGAAAACCUGCUCAAAAUUAAAAUACAAUCAAGACACAGUAACAAACUUUCCCAUACUGUCUUUAUAAGUUACAGUGACGAAGGAGGUAUAGAAGGAUGGUAUUGUACAUGCAAAGCGGGAGCACGAAUAGUUGGUUGUUGUGCACACGUUGCAAGUGUGCUGUGGAAUCUAGGGUAUCAAAGACUUGAACAGCAGUCUGUUUCAAGGGGAGACUUUAAAACAUCCGUCUUAGAUGCAUCUCACAUACCUAGUUCUGAUGAAAGUGACUGUGAUUCUUUGCCAGAGGAGUAAAAUAAAUAUAAUACAAACUGUGUGUAUUUGACAGCUACUCUUCACUUAUAUUUUAGAGCAUAAACUUAAUUAAAAUUCUGUUUGCUAAGAAAAUGUCCAAAUAAUUCAUUAAUUCACAUAUUUUUAUGAGCAUUUACAAACAGCUAAUGCCUUGUUCUCAUUAUUUACCGAAUCAUGCUGAUUUGGUCAUUAUAUUGUAGUUAAAUAACUUUUCUAAAAUGAAAUGGUCAUAACUUAUUCAUGUUAUUGAAUUCUAUUGUCAAUGCAAAUGUUAUUAAACAAGAUUUUUAUAUAAUUUUCGGUGUACUUAAAAUUGGUAUAUCGAAUUCUCAGACGAUAAGGAGUAAACAGGCUAUGAAACAAAAUGCUGUUCGUAUACAUUUAACUUACAUGAGAUUGUUGUAUUUUGUAUAAGAAAAGACUGCUUUUUAAAUGUAAUAACACAAAAAAAAGUCGAACGCUAUUAUAUAAUAGUCAAGUAUUAAAUCUAUUUUGUGUUUCCAUGAUACCCACUGAAUUCAUAAGUCUAGUAUAAGUCGAAAACAUUACCUUUUUGGACCAAUAGAAAAUUAUUUCUGUUGAUUUUGAAAAGUUAAGUUUAGAAUAUAAGAUGGUACAAAUUAAAAUAAUAAUACUCAUGAAAAGUAUCUUAAUAUGUUUGUUCAAACACUUCCCUAUCUGACUUGCUGUUGUUGCUAAGGAAAUACUGGUAAAUAUAAACAUGAUGUUGAUAACUAGAACUACAAAAAGCAAACUCAAGCCGUUACUUAAGAUUUUCAUAUUGCCUAAUAAAGUCCUCAGUGGUUUCUAGGGACCAUGGUCAUUACUAGAUUGAAGCUAUUACUGUAACGCAAUGCAUACUAAAUAUUCAUCUUGAUAAUUUUAAGCAUUUGACACCACUUACUGCAUUUUAAAUAUUUCAAAGCCAUUUCAAAGAGAAAUUGCACAAAAAAAUGAUAUGUUAUGGUAUUUUAAUUAGUAAAAUCCGUUACUAGGCAACCAACUGUUCAUGUGAGAAAAAAAUGCUCUAUGAAAAGAUUUAUAAUGAACUAUUAUGCAGUUAUGUAAAGAAAGUGACUAAAAACACCUGUAACAUACUAGUAUCUUAUAAAAUGUUAACCGUUGCUAUAUGCGCUAUUUCUGUUGCUUCGUUGUUGUCAAGCAUUUAUAUAAUAGAGCUAAAAUUAUACUGAUAUUUUCAAUUCUUACCAAUUGUUAUUC